GCUCCCGCCGCCUCCCGGGAGCUGCGUCCCGUCCUGUCCAGUCCCGUCCCCGGCGCGGCCCGGCCCACGCGCUUGCUCUGGCCACCUCCAGCGUCCUCGGCCCGCGCCAUGGCCAGUCUGCGGCCGUCCGGCCCGGCCCAGCUGCAGCCGCUGCUGCUGCUCCUAGUGGUGGCCGCGCGCGCCCUGCCCGGCGCCGACGGGACGUGCCCGGAGCGCGCGCUGGAGCGGCGGGAGGAGGAAGCGAACGUGGUGCUCACGGGCACCGUGGAGGAGAUCCUCAACGUGGACCCGGUGCAGCACACGUACUCGUGCAAGGUUCGGGUCUGGCGGUACUUGAAGGGCAGAGAUGUGGUGACCCAGGAGAGCCUGCUGGACGGCGGCAACAAGGUGGUGAUUGGCGGCUUCGGAGACCCCCUCAUCUGUGACAACCAGGUGUCCACUGGGGACACCAGGAUCUUCUUUGUGAACCCUGCACCCCCGUACCUGUGGCCAGCCCACAAGAAUGAGCUGAUGCUCAACUCCAGCCUCAUGCGCAUCACACUGCGGAACCUGGAGGAGGUGGAGCACUGCGUGGAAGACAAACCUGGGACACACUUUACGCCAGUGCCCCCGACGCCUCCGGACGCCUGCCGAGGAAUGCUGUGUGGCUUUGGCGCAGUGUGCGAGCCCAGUGCGGAGGGUCCGGGCCGAGCCUCCUGCGUGUGCAAGAAGAGCGCCUGCCCCCCGGUGGUGGCGCCCGUGUGCGGCUCGGACGCCUCCACCUACAGCAACGAGUGUGAGCUGCAGCGGGCGCAGUGCAGCCAGCAGCGCCGCAUCCGCCUACUCAGCCGCGGGCCAUGCGGGUCCCAGGACCCCUGCUCCAACGUGACCUGCAGCUUCGGAAGCACCUGUGCCCGCUUGCCCGACGGACAGACGGCCACGUGCCUGUGCCCCACCACCUGCCGGGAGGCUCCCGAGGGCCCCGUGUGCGGCAGCGAUGGCGUGGACUACCCCAGCGAGUGCCAGCUUUUGCGCCGCGCCUGCGCCCGCCAGGAGAACGUCUUCAAGAAGUUCGACGGCCCGUGUGAUCCCUGCCAGGGCGCCCUCGACGACCUGAGCCGCGUUUGCCGCGUGAACCCACGCACGCGGCGCCCUGAGAUGCUCCUGCGUCCCGAGAGCUGCCCUCCCCGGCGGGCGCCCGUGUGCGGGGACGAUGGAGUCACCUACGAUAGUGACUGUGUCAUGGGCCGUACCGGGGCUGCCCGCGGCCUCCUCCUCCAGAAAGUGCGCUGGGGCCAGUGCCAGCCGCGAGACCAGUGCCCAGAGGCCUGCAGGUUCAACUCCGUGUGCCUGUCCCGCCGAGGCCGCCCCCGCUGCUCCUGCGACCGUGUCAUCUGUGACGGGGCCUACAGACCCGUGUGCGCCCACAAUGGGCGCACGUAUGACAACGACUGCUGGCGCCAGCAGGCCGAGUGUCGGCAGCAGCGCUCCAUCCUCGUCAAGCACCCGGGCCCGUGUGACCAGCGUCCGUCCCCAUGCCUUGGGGUGCAGUGCUCAUUUGGGGCGACGUGUGCUGUGAAGAACGGGGAAGCCGAGUGCGUGUGCCAGCAGGCAUGUCCAGGCAUCUAUGAUCCCGUGUGUGGCAGUGAUGGCAUCACCUAUGGCAGCACGUGCGAGCUGGAGGCCACGGCCUGCGCCCUCGGGCAGGAGAUCCGAGUGGCUCGCAGAGGACCCUGUGACCGCUGUGGGCAGUGCCGCUUUGGAGCUUUGUGCGAGGCCAAGACUGGGCGCUGUGUGUGCCCCUCCGAGUGUGUGGCCUCGGCCCAGCCCGUGUGCGGCUCUGAUGGGCGCACGUAUGCCAGUGAGUGUGAACUACACGUCCACGCCUGCACACGCCAGAUCAGCUUGCACGUGGCCUCGGCCGGACACUGCCAGACCUGUGGAGACAUGGUGUGUGCCUUCGGGGCAGUGUGCUUGGCCGGACAGUGUGUGUGUCCCCGGUGUGAGCGUCCCCCGCCGGGCCCCGUGUGCGGCAGCGACGGCGUCACCUAUCGCAGUGCCUGUGAGCUCCACGAGGCUGCCUGCCAGCAGCAGAAGCGGAUCGAGGAGGCCCGGGCGGGGCCCUGUGAGCAGGCUGAGUGCGGCUCAGGAGGCUCUGGCUCCGGAGACGACGUCGAGUGUGAGCAGGAACUGUGCCGGCAGCGCGGCGGCGUCUGGGACGAGGACUGGGAGGACGGGCCGUGUGUCUGCGACUUCAGCUGCCAGACCGUUCUGAGGAGCCCGGUCUGCGGCUCGGACGGGGUCACCUAUAGCACCGAGUGUGAGCUGAAGAAGGCCAGGUGUGAGUCAGGGCGAGAACUGUACGUCACAGCUCAGGGAGCCUGCCGAGGCCCCACCUUGGCACCGCUGCCACCUGCAGUUCCCCCACACUGCACCCAGACCCCCUACGGCUGCUGCCUGGACAACGUCACUGCCGCCCGAGGCGUGGGCCUGGCUGGCUGCCCCAGCUCGUGCCAGUGCAACCCCCACGGCGCCUAUGGCAGCACCUGUGACCCCGCCCUAGGCCAGUGCUCCUGCCGCCCGGGUGUAGGGGGCCUCCGGUGUGACCGCUGUGAGCCCGGCUUCUGGAACUUCCGUGGCAUCGUCACUGAUGGCCGGAGCGGCUGUACCCCCUGCAGCUGUGACCCCCUGGGGGCCGUGCGAGACGACUGUGAGCAGAUGACCGGGCUGUGCUCCUGUAAGCCUGGGGUGGCCGGUCCCAAGUGCGGGCAGUGUCCAGACGGCCGUGCCCUGGGCCCUGCUGGCUGUGAAACAGUCUCCCCUGCACCCAAGACCUGUGCUGGGAUGCACUGUGAGUUUGGGGCGUCCUGUGUGGAGGAGGCUGGCUCCGCCCACUGCGUGUGCCCAACACCCACCUGUCCGGGGGCCAACGAGACCAAGGUUUGUGGGUCAGAUGGAGUCACCUAUGGCAACGAGUGCCAGCUGAGGACCAUCGCCUGCCGCCAGGGCCUGGACAUCUCUAUCCAGAGCCUCGGCUCUUGCCAGGAGGCCAUUGCACCCGGUGCGCACCCCACAUCCGUGUCUGUGGCCAUUGCGGGGCUUGACCCGAGCAGGGCACUGCCACGCCCCCCCAGCGCCCUCCCCCUGGCUCCCAGCAGCACCCCCCACAGCCGGCCCACCCCUCGACCUUCAUCACGAUCCUGGACCACUGCCAGCAUCCCCAGGACCACCGAGAGGCCUUUGCUGACCAUGCCUCCCACGGCUUCCCCUGCGACAGCCAGCCUCACCUCGUCUGCCUUUGGUGAAUCUGGCAGCGCUGAUGGGAGCGGCGAUGAGGAGCUGAGUGGGGACCUGGAGGCCAGCGGGGCCAGCUCGGGGGGACUUGAGCCCCCUGAGGGUGGCAGUGCUGUGAGCCCCGGGCCGCCCAUCGAGAGGGCUUCCUGCUACAACUCGCCUUUGGGCUGCUGCUCUGAUGGCAAGACACCCUCGCUGGAUGCAGAGGGCUCCAGCUGUCCCGCCACCAAGGUGUUCCAGGGUGUGCUAGAGCUCGAGUCCGUUGAGGGGCAGGAGCUGUUCUACACGCCGGAGAUGGCCGACCCCAAGUCAGAGCUGUUUGGGGAGACGGCGAGGAGCAUCGAGAGUGUGCUGGAUGACCUCUUCCGAAACUCGGAAGUUAAGAAGGACUUCUGGAGCGUCCGUCUGCGGGACUUGGGGCCCGGCAACUCGGUCCGAGCCAUUGUGGACGUGCACUUUGACCCCACCACAGCCUUCAAGGCAUUGGACGUGGGCCGGGCCCUGCUGCGGCAGAUCCAGGUGUCCAGACGCCGGUCCCUGGGGGUGAGGCGGCCGCUGCAGGAGCACGUGCGCUUCAUGGACUUUGACUGGUUUCCCGCAUUCUUCACCGGAGCCACCACGGGAGCCACCCCUGCCGUGGCCACAGCCAGAGCCACCACUGUGGCCCGCCUGCCUUCUGCUGCUGUGACCCUUCGGGCCCUCUACCCCAGUCCCACUAGCCGGCCCGUUGGCAAGACCACAGCGCCCCCCACCACACGCCGGCCCCCCACCACUGCCCCCAGUCGUGUGCCUGGACGCCUGCCCCUGCCCCCAGGCUCCCAGCAGCCCCCAAGACCCUGUGACUCCCACCCCUGCCUCCACGGGGGGACCUGCCAGGACCAGGGCUCAGGUGGAGGCUUCACCUGCAGCUGCCCAGCGGGCAGGGUGGGCACUGUCUGCGAAAAAGCGCUGGGCCCCUCCCGCUCUGCGCUGGCCUUCGGGGGCCACUCCUUCCUGGCCUUGCCCACCCUGCGUGCCUACCACACGCUGCGCCUGGCGCUGGAGUUCCGGGCACUGGAGCCCCAGGGGCUGCUGCUCUACAACGGCAAUGCCCAGGGCAAGGAUUUCCUGGCGCUGGCGCUCCUGGGGGGCCGCGUGCAGCUCAGGUUCGACACAGGUUCGGGGCCCGCGGUGCUGACUAGCUCGGUGCCCGUGGAGCCAGGCCGGUGGCACCGCCUGGAGCUGUCCCGGCACUGGCGCCAGGGAGCACUCUCAGUGGACGGUGAGACCCCCAUCUUGGGCCAGAGCCCCAGUGGUACCGAUGGCCUCAACCUGGACACGGACCUCUUUGUGGGUGGUGUCCCAGAGGACCAGGCUUCCGUGGUGCUCGAGCGGACCUCUGUCGGAGUUGGCCUCCGGGGCUGCAUUCGCCUGCUGGACAUCAACAACCACCGGCUGGAGCUCAACGACUGGGAGGGGGCUGUGACUCGAAGCUCCGGCCUGGGCGAGUGCGGGGACCACCCCUGCCUGCCCAGCCCCUGCCUUGGCGGGGCCCCAUGCCAGGCCCUGGAGGCCGGCAUGUUCCACUGUCAGUGCCCACCCGGCCGCUUCGGCCCCACCUGUGCCGACAAGAAGAGCCCUUGUCAGCCGAAUCCCUGCCAUGGGGCAGCCCCCUGCCGUGUGCUGCCCGAGGGCAAGGCCAAGUGCGAGUGCCCCCUGGGACGAGGGGGCACCCUCUGCCAGACAGUCUCAGAGCGGGACGAUCCCCGGCCCUUCCUGGCCGACUUUCACGGCUUCUCCUACUUGGAGCUGAAAGGCCUUCACACUUUCGAUCGGGACCUGGGGGAGAAGAUGGCGCUGGAGGUGGUGUUCCUGGCCCGCGGACCCAGCGGCUUGCUCCUGUACAAUGGGCAGAAGACGGACGGCAAGGGGGACUUCGUGUCACUGGCGCUGCAUGACCACCGUCUGGAGUUCCGCUAUGACCUGGGCAAAGGGGCAGCGGUCAUCAGGAGCAAGGAGCCCGUGGCCCUGGGCACCUGGACCAGGGUCUCACUAGAGCGAAGCGGCCGCAAGGGCGCCAUGCGAGUCGGCGACGGGCCCCGUGUGCUGGGGGAGUCCCCGAAAUCCCGCAAGGUGCCACACACCGUCCUCAACCUGAAGGAGCCGCUCUACGUCGGGGGGGCCCCUGACUUCAGCAAGCUGGCCCGGGCAGCCGCGGUGUCCUCCGGCUUUGAUGGCGCCAUCCAGCUGGUCUCCUUGAAAGGCCACCAGCUGCUGAGCCAGGAGCAUGUGGUGCGGGCGGUGGACGUCUCCUCUUUUGCAGACCACCCUUGUACGCAGGCCUCAGGCCACCCCUGCCUCAACGGGGCCUCCUGUCUCCCCCGGGAGGCCUCCUACGUGUGCCUGUGUCCUGGGGGCUUCUCGGGGCUGCACUGCGAGAAGGGGCUGAUUGAGAAGUCGGCAGGGGACCUGGACGCACUGGCCUUUGAUGGACGGACCUAUAUCGAGUACCUCAAUGCCGUGACUGAGAGCAAACUGACCAAUGAGAUCCCAGCCCCCGAAGCUCCGGAUUCUGGGGCCCUUCACAGCGAGAAGGCGCUGCAGAGCAACCACUUUGAGCUGAGUCUGCGCACCGAGGCCACGCAGGGGCUGGUGCUGUGGAGCGGCAAGGCCACAGAACGGGCCGACUAUGUCGCCCUGGCCAUUGUGGAUGGGCGCCUGCAGCUGGCCUACGACCUGGGCUCCCAGCCCGUAGUGCUGCGCUCCACCGUGCCAGUCAACACCAACCGCUGGUUGAGGGUCAGGGCGCACAGGGAACAGAGAGAAGGUUCCCUUCAGGUGGGCAAUGAGGCCCCCGUGACUGGCUCCUCCCCGCUGGGCGCCACACAGCUGGACACAGACGGAGCCCUGUGGCUGGGUGGCCUGGAGAAGCUGCCCGUGGGCCAGGCCCUGCCCAAGGCCUACGGCACAGGCUUCGUGGGCUGCCUGCGGGACGUGGUGGUGGGUCGGCGCCCGCUGCACCUGGUGGAAGACGCUGUCUCCAAGCCAGAGCUCCGGCCCUGUCCCGCCCUGUGAACCACGCCGCAGCUCCCCACCCACCCCCCAGCUCUAAUUAUUUUUUAUUUUUGUAAACUCAUUGCUUUUUUGAUAUGAUUUUCUUGCCUGUGUGUUGGCCAGAGGGACUGCUGGCCUGGCGUCUGUCCUGUCCAAGCAGGGGAGCUGCAGAGACAGACUCUGUGCUGAGGGAUUCAAGGGGAAAGCAGCAGCGUGUAGGGCUUUGCUGGGAUGGCAGCCCCAGGACCCGCCCCUCGGCCUCAUGCCGCCAUGGCCCGGCCCCUCG